AUUACGCUUACGCUGUGUCCAUGAGCGCCAAUGUUUAGUUAGGUGGUUUAGGUUAGGUUAGCGUCCUUUCAGUAGAUCGAAAACACGUGGACGAAAUAAAAUAAAAUUUUUUUAAAAAAUUGUCAUUCUUUCUGUGUAAAAUGGAGCAAUCGCCAGUCAAAAUGGAAAUUGAUGACAGCAUAAAAGAAGUUGAAGGAGCAGACUCUACAGAAAUUAGUUAUGAGGACAAAUUGAAAUACAUAAAUACCAUAGCCAGACCUAUGGCUCCAAAAAAAUUAACGAAGAAAAUUUAUAAGUGUAUUAAAAAAGCUUCGAAGCAGAAGACAUACCUUCGAAAUGGAUUGAAAGAUGUUCAGAAGCACCUUCGCAAAGGAGAGCACGGAUUGGUUGUGUUUGCUGGAGAUGUUUUUCCAAUAGAAAUCAUGUGUCAUUUACCAAUUGUAUGUGAAGAUAAGAAUAUUCCAUAUUGCUAUACUCCAUCAAGACAAGAUAUUGGUAAUGCGAUGGGUAUGAAAAGGGGGAGCCUUAUGGUACUCAUUAAGGAACACGCGGAUUACAAAGAUCUCUACGACGAAGUGAAAGCUGCUAUGAUGACGCUAUCGGCGCCAUUAUAGUUUUAUAUUAAAUUUCUUGGCAUUUUUUGACCAUUUUGUAAAUAGAAUAUACGAAUGUAUUGAAUAAACGCACCAGAUAUUUUGUACA